AUGUCUUUUGGCUUUUCGGUCGGGGACUUUCUAGCCGUGAUUGAACUUGUGCAUGACCUUGCUGUCGCACUAAGCGAUGGCCGUGGAUCAACCGUCAAGUUUCAGGGCUUAGUCCAAGAGCUUCAUUCCCUCAAGGAAGCCAUGACUGCAGUCAGGGACCUCCAGGUGCCGGCUGAGUUGGAACCGAGGCUCUGGAUGGUUCAGCAAGCAGGGUCUCAUUGCCAAACGGAUAUCAGCAAUUUCCUUCAAAAAGGCGACGUCUACAUGCAGUGCCUCAGCCAAGAAGGCACGGGAAGGUGGUGGAAAGAUGCAUUUUACAAGGUUAAAUGGGCCGUUUACAAGGCACAUGAUGUGGAUGAACUGAGGGCCCGCCUUCACGGACACACUGCGGCAAUGGGCAUCAUGCUUCAACUACUGCAGAUGCAGGCGACGACGCGAAUCAUUCAGAUGAUGUCCCAAGCGCAGACGGAGAUCCCUGGGCAGGUGCUUCGUCAACAGCCCGUCUACCUAGAAGACGCCCGUGGCGUUUUGGUGCCCUUUCACCUCGAAUUCGUCACCUGUGUCGACGUCAGCUGUGCCAUUGCCCUUUUAGUUAAGGGUCCCGCUAACGAAAGAGCCCAGGUUCUGAUUUGCGCGCUGAAAAAACGUUAUGGCGAAAGUGGCGCGCGAAAGGUGGAAGAGAGGAAGUUUGCCAUCACAGAUGCAGAAACUCUCCGCGACAUAGACCUCACGCGCGCGUGGGAACGGUGUUUCCGACCAGGCCAGCGAGUCAACAUGAGCUUGUUCUUCGAAAACAUAUUUACCAAAACGACUACCUGUCCGAGCUGCCGCGCAGAAUGCGCCGGGCCUCAGGAUGAAGAGAUCGAGUGGAUUGAGAUCCCCCAGCCCCAAAGUGCCGACUUAAUGGACAGUCACAACGAACAGGGCCGCAACGACCGGUCCAAUAUAUCCAAAUCCGCGGAAGCCAGGCCUGGUCCACCUGCAAGUUCAGAUGGUAUUGAUUCUCCACCACAGGAUGAAGACGACGAAGCGCUGAACCACGAGAUAUCCGAGUACAAACGGAUCAGAUUGGUGAAUGAUGGUAGAAUCCGCUGGGAUCCCUUGACAUGUGCUCAGGAGCUACGCAUUAGCACCACAGGUUUGGGGGUAGCCUUCCCCGGCCCCCAAACACGCGUCAACACUCUACGGACUGGAGACGUGUGUGUCGGCUUCUGUGCCGACAAGACGCCAUCAGUUGCGGUGCCCGGAAUCGACGGGCUGAAACACAUUGGUUUACUGAAAAGCAUUCAAGGGGGGAUCGAAAUUGAUAGAAAGCACCAUCCGUCUUCUCUAUACCCCGUUAUCGGACUGAAGCAAGGGGCGAGCGUGGUGGCGAACUUCUGUCCCAAGACCCUCAGACCGAGCUACAUCAGGGUAAUAUCCCCCUCACUUAUUCUCUCUCUACGCUAA